CCCUGUGGUAUAUAUGCACACAACAUGUGCACACAACUAUGAUGAUAGUGAUUGAAGGCGUAACUCAAACCAAGGUGUGACGGCAUUAUGGAGAAGGACCUGUUGCCAAGAAUCACAUCUGGUCUGAGACACAAAGGGAAACAAAACGUCUCCAGCACCAACUCACUGUCUCCAGUAACUUCUCACUGGCCCUCGACUGCAAACCUUGCCCUGUUCAUUACAGAAAUGGCUCGUUGAUUGUGCCAUUCUUUACACUGCCACUGUUUAUUAAUUAUUAGUGUCACAGUUCUGUCAGGGCUAUGAGCUGACAGGCAGGUUGCGGCUGACUAAACCUUAGAGUUGAAGCAUGCAGUUUGCACUGUUUGUAAGGAAGCAUCUCUAGCGUCAAUGCAGUGGGUGACAGACAAGGAGGACAUUCCAUGGUAAAUGGAGAACUGACAUGGAUACCGACAUACACAAGCAGUUGUGCCCCGCUGAAUCUACAUGCUCCAUGUAGCAGUUACGACUCCACGUCCUAGCUGUAAAUGAUUAAUUCUCAGCUUCAGUAAGCUGGUAGUGGAGUACUGUUUGUUCUGGAUGUUGAUACUCUCUUGUCUCUGUGAGGAAGGUGUUACACGCUUGUCUUCAUAUGGUGCCUCCUCUGGCAGACCACAGUGGACAGUGUACCAUGGGAUGAGUAGCAGAGUAGCGUGAUACAUCAUGGUGGUCAGUUUCCUGAAUGUCCAAUUCAAGUGUCCUCGUAACUUCUGCCAACCAGUGCCAUGUUCCGUAUAGUGAACCGAGAGUCAAAGGACAUCGAUGCAAUCGAAUCCCAACGUACGAUCGGAUCCAAGCUGCCAAGCGGAUCCGUCGGUCUAAAUCAGCCCAGAGUCAGCGUUCCUACUCGGUUGACUCGAGGACAGAAGAGAGCAGUACAACAUGCCUUCCCAACUGUCUGAGGAUGCAGCAGAGGUCUGACCGAGACCAACUCUAUCGUCCGCAGAAUGACCCCAGCAGUUCCGACUACCCUUCCCCAGACUCUAACCCUCCUCUCUCCGAAGAGGCUGUGCACUACGCUGGUCAGCGCUUCUCACACACCUGGUCCGCCAACAACAAGAGCUUCCCCGACGAGUUGCGUGAUGACCAAACUGCCCCUCUUCUUGGAACCAAUGCACAAAACUUUCGGUCUUUUCCCAAGCUGACUGACAACGAUGAUGUCAAUGUGGAUGAUGGGAUGGGAACGGCAGGGAACGACUUCGAGUGUUGUGAGCGGGUCGUGAUAAACGUCAGUGGCCUACGUUUUGAGACACAACUGAAGACACUUAACCAAUUCCCUGAUACAUUGCUGGGAAAUCCACAAAAACGGAAUCGGUAUUAUGAUCCACUUCGAAAUGAAUAUUUCUUUGACCGAAAUCGGCCAAGUUUUGAUGCAAUACUGUAUUUUUACCAAAGUGGUGGAAGGUUACGGAGACCUGUCAAUGUCCCACUGGAUGUGUUUUCAGAGGAAAUUAAGUUUUACGAGCUCGGGGAAGAUGCAUUUGAAAAGUAUCGAGAAGAUGAAGGAUAUAUUAAGGAAGAGGAAAAGCCAUUGCCUCAGAAUGAGUUCCAGAGACGUGUGUGGCUAUUAUUUGAAUACCCAGAAAGCUCAACAGCGGCAAGAAUUAUAGCCAUAUUCUCAGUUCUGAUUAUCCUGCUUUCCAUUGUGAUAUUUUGCCUGGAGACUUUACCAGAAUUCAAACACUACAGGGUUGUCAAUGCCACCAAAAAUGACUCCCAAUCGUCAACCACACAACCCUCAAUUGAAGAAGAUGAUAUUCCAAAGUUCAAUGAACCAUUUUUCAUUAUCGAAACAUGUUGCAUAAUAUGGUUUACAUUUGAAUUGCUUAUUAGGUUUGCCUCUUGCCCUGAAAAGCUGGGUUUCUUCAAGAAUAUAAUGAAUUGCAUUGACAUUGUGGCCAUCAUUCCAUACUUCAUAACCCUUGGAACUGUGAUUGCUGAUGAAAGUAAAAGCAACAGCCAGGCUAUGUCUCUGGCUAUUUUGAGAGUGAUCAGACUUGUGAGAGUUUUUCGUAUUUUCAAAUUAUCUCGACACUCCAAAGGUUUGCAGAUUUUGGGCCAGACCCUGAAAGCUAGUAUGAGAGAACUGGGCCUACUGAUCUUCUUCUUGUUUAUAGGAGUUAUCUUGUUUUCCAGUGCAGUGUAUUUUGCAGAAGCAGAUGCAGAACAAUCUCAUUUCAAAAGUAUUCCGGAUGCAUUUUGGUGGGCUGUGGUCACCAUGACAACAGUGGGAUAUGGAGACAUGCGUCCUAUUGGAGUGUGGGGAAAACUGGUAGGGUCGCUGUGUGCAAUUGCAGGUGUUCUAACUAUUGCUCUACCUGUGCCAGUUAUAGUGUCAAAUUUCAAUUAUUUCUACCAUAGAGAGACCGAAAGUGAUGACAAACACAAUUAUACACACGUGCAGUCAUGUCCAAAUUUCCCAAGGAAAAAGAGUUCUUUGGAUUCUGAAUGUGGCUCUGAUAUCAUGGAAAUGGAAGAAGGGAAUAGUCUGAUGGUUACGGACAAACUGAAAGAAAAUCAUGCAAACAAAGUAAACAAUCCUUCUAGCAUCAACAAUUUAAGUAUUGAGACCGAUGUUUGAUGUAUGGCACAUGUGUUUCGUUGAUGGUGUGUUUGAAUUGUGCUACAGUAUCCCAGCAAGUAUGUCAAAGAGUCAGGUUUUUAUCUUGCCAUUUUCCAUUGUUGAAAGACAAGAAGCACACAGGUCCUGCCCAACAUGAACCUGGUCAUGAUUUCUACAGCAAACCCUAGGACUAGGCUAUCUAGUCUUGGCUACUGACACCAGUAAGGAUGAGAUGUAAGCCUGAUCCAAAGAUUGUCUUUGAUUCUGGAGAACAUGAUAUUACCAAGUUUUUAUGUGAUAAUUGUUAUAUAUCCUCUACUGACAAGCAUUUCCUGCAUAGUUUCAAUGAGAUAUUUCAUUAUGGUGUUAACAUUAAGCGUUAAUACCUAGUGCUGAUGACCAUGAGAUGCCCUCCUUCCUCUAAGCUGUGUUUCAUGUUGAGCCAAACCACUUGUGCAAAUUAUCUUACAACAUUGAAUCUGCUUAUCAUUCAAAAUUAGGUGUGUGGAUUCCAGUAUGUAUUGAUGCGGCUAACAAUCAGACAAGCAGAAGAGACAGUAUUUCUUCAUCAACAAGUGUAACAGAUAUAUCUACCAGCUCAUUGCUUUCAUCUAUGCAUUCUAAAGAAAUGGAAAAGUUUAGCAUUCGAGUUGUGAGGAGCACCUCCCUUUCUGUAGUAGCCUGAGUGACUAGCCGUGACUGACGCACAUGCGGAUACCGAGGUAGUGAUGGAGGCAACAUUCCCUGACGACGAUGUCCCAAGCUCCAAGUAGUGUCCCUCUUCCAGCUGUGUCUCUGCCAACUGUUCUGACCAACCAUGAAAUGCUGCACUACAUCAUGUUCACACCUAAUGACCAGGAAGGUUACCUUCUCAGGGAACUUGAGGAUCACAGUUCAGUAUUAUGGACAAGAUGACCAAAAGAUUGGCAAGGAACAUCUCCAGGCACCCAUCCCUCAACCAAUCACAUGGCCAGAUCAUCAGCAACACCAAUCAGGACGCCAGCCAGUCAACAACAACAACCAAGUGGGAGGCAAGCCAGUCAGCAACAACCAAUCAGAUGGCCUAUUAAACAACAACCAAUCACAGUUCAGGCAUCGACUCAACAUCCAACCAGUGGGCAGUUUUCAAAGCUAUGUGUUACGAUGGAUGAUUAUAACCAGUAGGACAACAGCCACAAAGGGGUUGUUGUGUACCAGUUACAACCAAAGGAGGGUUUCCUGUGUCCCUAUUAACCAAUCAGAGGGGUUGCAGUGUCCCUAUUACCCAAUCAGAGGUGAUCUAUGUCCCAACAACCAAUCAGAGGGUUUCUGUGUCCCAACCAACAAAUCAGUGGGUUUCUGUGUCCCUGUCAACCAAUCAGAGGGCUCCUCCCUCUGCAUACAGAGGGUCGACUGCUAAACAAUGAUCAGUCAGAUUUUAUGCAAUUUUCUCAUUUUCUUGACCAAGUCUCAGGGGGACAAGCUAUAUGCACAGGAUAUUAUGAUCCAAGGCUGAUAUGAUUUCAAGCCUUGGUUCCGCACUGGAAAUUUUCACUGUUAUACAGUUGUGGGGUGAAAAUGUCUCUUCCAAUUGGAAUGGUUAUGUGUGAAACAGGGCAGGAUAUAUAUAUCUGAAUAACACCUAUGGAGUAGUGUGUGUUACGUAUAUACCCAAGGAGUGUGGAUACGGUUCCGUAUAUAAUGGGGCUAUUUGGUGUGUGAUGUGAAAACGGUCCUGCCUUUAUACCAUACCAUUCCCUGCAAUCACCCGGAUUGAAGCAUAGCCAGUGGACAGACACAAGUACCUCUGGCUGGACAGAAAGACAAGCGGAAAGAUUGACAGCAUGAUCCUGGUGGUAAUGUGAUAAUAUACCUGUGUGAACUUCCAGUCUGGGUUAUUCCCCAGGCUAGCUCUCCACUGUUUCAUACAGGUGUCAUGGCAACAUUUAUUUCUAGGUUAUAUAUCUUAAGGUUGGACACUAACGUGAGCCAAAUUAUUCUGUAGCUCAAUUCCCUUCAUUGUUGGCCAAUUGAGACUCUUGGUUUUGCUCUUUCCGAUUCAUGUGUAUGUGUAUACUGUGAAAACCGUUGUUAUUGUUUUACAUAUUUUUACAUAUUAACAGUUUAAUUACAGUUUAUGAACCUCUUGAAAAGUGCAGACACAUAGACUAGUGAGUUUAUUUCUUGACGGUGGUAAUGUGUGUUACAUUGAAUCAUUGGUCAGGAAUAUAGUAUGUAGCGGAGCUAGUGGAUGCGUCAUGUGUCCAAUGUCCUCUGCCUCCCUAGGCACGACUCUAUGCAUUGUUAUCUCACUCCUUCAGAUCUCCUAGCUAUACAUAUGUACAUCAUGUAGACAAUGUUGUCUGACAUCACGUACUGUGCAGGGUCGAAUUAGAGCCAUCUACUCUAUGAUAUUUCUACAAGAAUGCAUGCUAUACCUAGAACAGUCAUAGCCAGUGGUGAUAGCUGUCUGGCAGGUAGUAGUAUGCAGCGAUGCCAGUCAAGGGGGGAUAACUUGAGCCACUGCAUGCGACACUCCACUUCACCGAGCUAUGUAUAUUGUCUUGUAGCAUUCAGCAGCUUGGGUUCACUCAUGAAUGAUAUAUAUAUGUAUAUAUAUACAUAUGAAUUUUGGUGAUAGUGUCACCUCAUUUCCUACCAGAUCUGUACAUAUUUCUCCAAUUUCAACAUUCCAGCCGUACUUAAUUUCUAGCCGUACGUAGAGAGCCUGCAAUGUGCCAUACAAAAGAAUACUUUGGCACAUUUCCAAAAUGGCUUUUGCUUAAAAAACCUGUUGCCAUUGGUAAUGAUUACCUGGAAACAUCUAGCUAAUGUAAGCCAAUUUGACUGAAAAAUCCCUGACGGAUGAUAUUAAAUGCAACUGCUACCCUCUAAGAAUUUCAAAGCACAUUUUGACCA